AUGUCAGAAGAUAGAAAGAAAGUUGUAUAUCAUGGUAUCGAUGAUAUAUAUCAGGAUUUAGGUGAUCUAAGGAGCAUAAGGAAUAAUCACGGUGGUGAUGAAGACGAUGUCAGUGGCGGCAGCGAUGGUGAUACCACCUACAGAGGCGCAGUACUGGAUAUACAUUCAAAGUCAUAUGGCACUACUACUAGUAGCAACAAUAGAUUAUACGAUACCAGUGACGACAACAACAACAACAACAACAACACUAGUUUCAACAUUGACGAUGAGAUUGGUUAUAGAACCUAUUCAAACGUUGUCUUGAGUGACGACGAAUCCAGUAAACAACCUAAAGACUUGGAUAACGAUCCCGAUAACCCAACGACAACAACGUCAACAUCAACCAACAACAACAAUAGUUAUAGCAAUAGCAAUAGUUCAUCAUCAUCAUCAUCAAGAAGGAAUAAUUCAAUGUAUAAUAAUAAUAACAAUAAAUAUAAUAAUAGAGAUAAUAAUAGAAGAUAUAAUAAUAAUAAUAGUAGAGAUAGAAAUAGAGAUAGAGAUAGUAAGGAUAGGGAUAAGAAUAAAGAUAGUGAGAAACCUGUGGAUGCAGCACCCAAUGUGUAUAUGAGUAAUCGUGCCAAGAUGGAGAGUCUCACCGCUAAGGAAAGAAUGGCACUGAUAAAGAAAUACAAACGUGAGCAGAAUGAACGUAAGAAUGUCAAGAUAGCCUACUCGAAUACCGAUGGCAGUCAUGUGCUCUACGAGGAAGCAGAGAAGAUUGACUACAACCCAGAGAAGUACGAUACAAGCAAGCCACUAGUUGUAUCUUCAGAUUCAGAGGAUGGUUCUACUGGCGAGGAGAUGAGUGAGCACGAGGCCGACACCGCUAUCCAAGGAACCAUAGAUCUCAUUGGUAUUUACCUUCCACAGGAUCCAAUGGAAGAAGAAACCAUUCAGAAAAUACUUGCAUUGUUUCAAGAGACCACCGAUGAAUAUAGAGCUAAUAAGAGAAAGUUUUUGUUUAGUAAGAAAAUUAAACAGCUAUUUAGAAAAGCUGUUGUUAAAUUACCAACUGUAAUAGAUUUUCAUGUAUUAAUGUUAAGUGAUAAUAGAAAGAGAUUGAAUUCGUGUCCAUUGGCACAAAAGAUGUUGUUACCCGAUUUAUUCAAGGUUCCAGAUAUUCCCCAACCGAUGGCAUCGAAUCGUGUUGGUAGCGAUGAUCAUCAUCAGUUAAAGUCUAGUGCAGUCAGUUCAUUCAAGUCUGUCAAACUACCUGUUGAUCUAUCGUAUAGUGAUUUAGUUUAUUUCAAAAAGGUGUCAAAGAUGUUGACAAUGGAGAAAAGAGUCAAAGAUAAAGUUAGACUCGAUGAAACUAGAUCUCAUCGAAAAGGAAAGAAGAAACGUUAUCAUUCAAGCGGCGAAGAAGAUGAUUAUGAUAAUGAUGCAGAUACCGAGAGCAGCAACAGCCGACAUGCCGAUCAAGAUGAGAAAGAUCAUCAACUUCAAAUACACCGACAGAAAGAACAGCAACUACAACUUCAACAACUACAAGAUUCAAAGAAUAACUAUAGCAAUAAUCAAGAUGAAAACAAUACAAGUAUCAAUAGUAACAGUAGUGAUAUUAGUAUGGAUAGCACAAGCAACAGCACCACUAAUAGUAGUAGUAAACAACAAGCAUCAGAGCAAAUUAAAGAUAAAGAUAAUGUAUCUUCUUCACCUCCACAUAGUUCACCAAACGAUUCACAUUCAAAUUCAAAUUCAAAUUCACAUUCACAUUCACAUUCACAUUCAAAUCCAAAUUCACAUUCACAUUCACCAAAGAGACACCACCCACAAGAUAGAGAUAGUGAGAUGGAGGAACCUGCAGCAACAGCAGAGCGUGCUCCUACAUCAACAGCUGCUACUGCUUCUGUUUCUUCGGUGGUGGCGAUGGAAGAAGAACCAAAACAACAAUCAGAGGAGAAGAUUGUUACUAUGCCCGUUGGUACUCCCAUCCCACUGUCGGCACUCAUGAAAAAGUCGACAACUACUGCGCCACCAAGCGACGAGAAAUCCGCACCCAAAGAGACAAACGCUUCAUUCCAACUCGAUUCCAAGUUACUCGACUCACUGAUACCCAACGAGAAGGACUCACAGCUGAUACAACAAAACAUUUCAAAACUCUCGAUUCCAUCGAACGACGGUGUCAAUAUGACGCUCAAUAUCAACAGUGACAAUCUUGUGAAUCGACUGCUGGCCAUUGCCAACAACCACCAGAUCAUAGCACGUGUACAGCUUUUAUUUACCAAUCAACAGAGCUUCGAACAAAGCCUGAUAGAGGAGCGUCUCAAAAUCAUAGAGUUGUCACAGAUCAACAAGAAGAACAUUCAAGAUGAAUGUCAACAACUUCAGAGUCAAGCACCAAACAAUAUGGCUAAAUAUCAAAUCUAUGAGAAUCUCAAGAUGCAAGAAAAUCAGACCACUCUACAACAUUUAGGUGUAAUAGGUUUCUUCCCGACUCAGAAUAUAAGUCAUAUCAAACUACAGAUCAAGAUUUUAGAAUGCUUAUUCCCUUCAGAAUAA